AUGUCUUCAAGUUCUUCUGAUGAACUUAUCAUUUCACCUCCGUUUCCCCAAUUAUCCACCGGUAGUACGUUUGACUAUUUUCAAAACGCGCUCAAACAAAUAGAAGAACUAGAAGACUCGGGAAGCUCUCGUGAUAGACGAACUUACAUCGACCAUGAGAGAGAAGAAGCGCACAACAAACUAAUGCGCGACUACUUCAAUGAAGACGCAAAGUUUGGGGAGGGUUGGUUUCGCCAUCGGUAUUGUGUGAGUCAACGUUUCUUUUUGAAGAUUGUUGCCGACAUUGAAGCGGCUUUCCCAUAUUUUCGAGAUGGAGUAGAUGCGAGGGAAAGAAAGAGUUUCUCGCCGAUUCAAAAAUGCACAUCGACAAUUAAACAACUUUCAACGAGUGAACCGACGGACAACUAUGAUGAUUAUCUAUGUAUGGCCGAAAGAACAAGUCGGGAAUGUCUCGAGUAUUUUUGUGACGCAGUCAUCCAUUUAUACCUGCGAGAGUAUUUACGUAGGUCGACAUCCCACAACGUCGCCAUGUUGUACGAUGCGCAUGAGGAGCGACAUCAUCUGCCAGGGAUACUCGGUAGCCUUGAUUGUAUGCAUGUUGUAUGGAGGAAUUAUCCUAGGGCGAGAAAGGGCAAUAUAUGCGGGGGAAUCACAAAGUGA